CGCACUCGGCCUCCACCGCGGCGUUCCGCGUAGACCUAGCGAUAAAAGGAACGGAGGAGGGAGGCCAAAGGAUGUCGAAGGGCCCUGUCCCAAGUUCCCCGUCCGCCUCGUGCAACUCCCCUGGAGCAGCGGCAGGCGGGGCGCUGCAGCCGCAGCCCGAGAAGCCUCAGCACUACACGGGACGCUCUGCUGCAACAUCGAGGAGCGGCGAUAAGUCUGAUCCCGGCUGUUUCACCUCGUGGUACCUGAAAGAGUUUCGGACGGAGCAGUGCCCGCUCUUUGUGCAACACAAGUGCACCCAGCAUCGGCCCUACACCUGUUUCCACUGGCACUUUGUUAACCAGAGAAGGCGGAGAUCUGUGAGACGUAGGGACGGGACCUUUAACUACAGCCCGGAUAUUUACUGCACCAAAUACGAUGAAACGUCAGGCCUGUGUCCUGAAGGAGACGAUUGUCCUUUCCUGCACAGAACAACAGGUGACACAGAAAGAAGAUACCACCUGCGAUAUUACAAAACGGGCAUCUGCAUCCAUGAGACGGACUCUAAGGGUCAUUGCACCAAGAAUGGGCAGCACUGCGCCUUUGCCCACGGUCCCCACGAUCUCCGCUCGCCAGUAUAUGACAUAAGAGAGCUUCAGGCUAUGGAGGCCCUGCAGAAUGGACAGCCAUCCCUGGAUGGAAGCCUGGAAGGACAAACUGCAGUGGCAGCUAGUCAUGCCAUGAUAGAGAAGAUUCUGGGAGAGGAACCACGCUGGCAGGACACUACAUAUGUGCUUGGGCACUACAAGACAGAACAGUGCAAAAAGCCUCCCCGGCUCUGCCGUCAAGGAUAUGCAUGUCCCUAUUACCACAAUAGCAAGGACCGCAGGAGGAGUCCACGCCAAAACAAAUACAGGUCUUCCCCUUGUCCAAGUGUAAAACAUGGAGAUGAAUGGGGAGACCCCAGUAAGUGCGAAAGUGGGGACUCCUGUCAAUAUUGCCACACCAGAACAGAGCAGCAAUUUCAUCCGGAGAUCUACAAGUCAACAAAAUGCAAUGACAUGCAGCAGUCGGGAAGCUGUCCACGUGGGCCUUUCUGUGCCUUCGCACACGUUGAACAAUCUCUUCUUUGUGACGAUCUCCAGUCUGCGUCAUCUGUGUCAAGCCCAACACAAACUGGACCUAUUAUGUAUAUGCCAUCUGCCGCAGGAGACUCUGUCCCUGUGAGCCCCUCUAGUCCACAUGCUCCAGACUUCAGCAAUGUAUGGGGCAAAAUGAGCCACCUCCCCACUAGUCCAACUUCAGCAAGUAUGCUAUGUGCCAGUUUAGGAAGUCCAACAAACCUUUGUGGAUCUCCUCCUGGAUCUCUUGGGAAACCCCACAGUUUAGAUAACCUCGGUUUUCACGGAGACCUGUCGGGCAGCUAUAAAAAAGCCCCGGGAUGUGAGAGAGAAGACUCAGUAGGAACAGAUUAUCUCAAAAGCUUUAAAAGCCAGGCAAAGUUAAAGCCGCACUCAAUGGAGCACAGAAGCCAAGAACAACCUCUUUUGCAGUCCAAACAGGAUGCCCUAGGAAUCCUGCCCAUGGGAAGCCCAUUAACCUCAAGCAUUUCCUCCAGCAUCACCUCUAGCCUGGCUGCUACACCUCCAAGCCCAGCAGCUAUAAGUGGCACCCCUGGUAUGAAUGCCAAUGCCCUUCCCUUCUACCCGACCAGCGACACAGUAGAAUCGGUCAUAGGAUCUGCUCUGGAUGACCUGGACCUCAAUGACUUUGGAGUUGCUGCUUUAGAGAAAUCAUUUGAUAGCAGCUCGGUUGCAGCCCCAGGAGGCAUCAUGAUCGGCGGAAGUCUAAUGCAGAGUUCGGCUCCUGUAAAUAUCCCUGGCUCCUUAGGUAGCUCCGCAUCCUUUCACUCCACCUCGCCGUCGCCCCCUGUCAGCAUCUCUUCACAUUUCCUUCAUCAGACAACUGGGCCUCACAGCCAAUCAGAAAAUACCUUUCUUAGUACAUCCGCUACGCAUGGUUCAUUGGGCCUGAAUGGGAUGAAUAAUAGCAUAUGGGAGCACUUUGUAUCUGGCAGCUAUUCCCCAGGAACAUCCCCAGCGUUUCCAUCAGGCCCAGGAGGAGCUGAGUUGGUAAGGCUUCGGCAGGAACUGGAGGAGGCCAGUAACACAAUCAAGCAAUGGGAGGACUCAUGGAAGCAAGCCAAACAGGCUUGCGACGCCUGGAAAAAAGAAGCCGAGGAGGCCAAUGAAAGAGCCACGGCAGCCAGCAUGGAAUGUGAACUAGCCCGGGAGCAGAGAGAUGCUCUGGAGCAGCAGCUGAAGAAACUGCAGGAAGAUCUGGAGAGAAUUCCAGCAACACAAGACUCCAAGCUCCACAGCUCCAUCAAUGAACUGGAGGGUCUCCCUCUCUCCACCCUGUUUAGUAUUCAAAAACAGCUACAUGCCAACCUUGAAAGGGUUGACAAGGCCGUUUUCCAGCUCCAGACUAUAAAAUGUCGCAAGUGUCAGGACAAGAACAGAGCAAUGUUACAGUGCCAACAUGGCGUGCUAUGUGAAGUGUGCGCGGCCGAGGAAGGAGAGUGCCCUAGCUGCCAGCUUACUAUACAACCCGUUCUGCAGCCAUGACCCUUGCAAGCCUGGACCCAGGCUCCGAACUCACCAGUUUUUUUUAUAUACUGCUAUAAAUAUAUUCAUACAAUGGAAUCUAGCGAAAGCUGAGCACUUUUAAACAAAAGUUUUUUUGUUUUUUUUUUGUUAUUUUUUUUAAAUUCCUUUGGAAUUUGCCACAAAGCCUCUGAGACACUGCGUUUAAUCAUUUCAGAAUACUCCAUGUUGGGGGCGACUGUCCGGGCAUAGAUUGGCUUUACCUGUAUGCAAGAAAUUUGUGCUACAUUGAUCUCCAUUAAUGGGACCAAUUGGUGUCGUUUCCCGACCCCCUCCCCCACCUAAAGUCCACAUACUAAGGAGCACUCCGAAAUCCUGGAAACACAGAACUUCCAAUAGAAGAUGGCAAACAAGGGCUUCCCUGUGGCAAGAGACAAGAUGGGUCAUGGAUUCGGACAUCUUGUGUUAGCGGGAAUUUCUGCUUUUGCUUUUCCCUCGCUAGUAUUUUUUUAGGAGCAGAGGCAGCAUAGAAGUGUUGGGUUUAUGAUCGGGGUCACUUUUUUCCCAGAUAGACAGUUAUUCUCUAAAAUCAAGCAGAUCCUUAUCCGUACAAGUCAUUGUUUCAGUAUUGUGUGUUCCAAGGGGAGUUUCUUUUCUUUUCCUUAUUCUCUGAAAUGUAAUCUUGUACAACAAGAAGCAUAAAGGCAGAUGGGAUUUUGUAUGUUAAAGAAUUCCCUCCUCACAUUUAGACCUCAUGCACACGGCCGUUGCCCGGCUGUGGCUGUAUUGCGGUCCGCAAACAGCGGGUCCCGGCCGUGUGCUCCCUGCAUCACGUAUGCGGACCCAUUCGCAAUCCGGAGCUGC